AUGGCUGAGUCAACACGAAUUCCUUCGCUUCAAUGGCGGUUACUGCCACUGAUGAUCGCUUCCCUUUUGUUUUCUCCGAUUGCCUCGGGAAGUUUCUUCGAGCCGUUCAAUGUCAGCUACGACCACAGGGCUCUAAUCGUCGCCGGGAAACGGCGCAUGCUCGUCUCAGCUGGAAUUCACUACCCUCGCGCUACUCCUGAAAUGUGGCCUGAUCUCAUCGAAAAGAGCAAAGAAGGUGGUGCUGAUGUGAUUCAAACAUAUGUGUUCUGGAGCGGCCACGAGCCUGUGAAGGGUCAGUAUAACUUUGAAGGAAGAUACGACCUUGUAAAAUUUGUGAAGCUUAUUGGAUCAAGCGGUCUCUAUCUCCAUCUGCGCAUAGGUCCUUACGUUUGUGCUGAGUGGAACUUCGGGGGGUUUCCUGUGUGGUUGCGUGAUGUUCCCAGCAUAGAGUUUCGAACAAACAAUGAACCUUUUAAGAAGGAGAUGCAGAGGUUUGUAACAAAGAUUGUGGAUUUGAUGCGAGAAGCAAAUCUUUUCUGUUGGCAAGGCGGUCCCGUAAUCAUGCUGCAGAUUGAGAAUGAAUACGGGGAUGUUGAGAAAUCAUACGGGCAGAAGGGAAAAGAUUAUGUCAAAUGGGCAGCUAGCAUGGCUCUAGGGCUUGGUGCUGGAGUUCCGUGGGUUAUGUGCAAGCAAACAGACGCUCCAGAGAAUAUAAUUGAUGCAUGCAACGGAUACUAUUGUGAUGGUUUUAAACCAAAUUCGAAGACGAAGCCAGUACUUUGGACAGAGGAUUGGGAUGGGUGGUAUACAAAAUGGGGAGGAAGUUUGCCUCACAGACCUGCUGAAGAUCUUGCAUUUGCAGUCGCAAGAUUUUACCAGCGCGGAGGAAGCUUUCAGAAUUAUUACAUGUAUUUUGGUGGAACAAACUUUGGUCGAACUUCUGGUGGUCCUUUGUACAUUACAAGCUAUGAUUAUGAUGCUCCUCUUGAUGAAUAUGGUCUGAGGAGCGAGCCAAAAUGGGGGCAUCUGAAGGAUCUUCAUGCUGCCAUAAAACUUUGUGAACCUGCCCUUGUCGCGGCAGAUGCACCAGAAUAUAGAAAACUGGGAUCAAAUCAGGAGGCACACAUUUAUCAUGGAGAUGGUGAGAAUGGAGGAAAGGUGUGUGCUGCAUUUCUCGCAAACAUUGAUGAGCACAAAACCGCAUAUGUGAAAUUUAAUGGCCAAUCAUACACUUUACCACCCUGGUCAGUGAGUAUAUUGCCAGACUGUCGACAUGUAGCCUUCAACACUGCCAAGGUAGGAGCACAAACUUCUGUUAAAAUGGUUGAGUCUGCUAGGCCUUCUUUAGGUAGUAUGUCUAUACUGCGAAAAGUCGUCAGGCAGGAUGAUGUUUCUUAUAUAUCAAAAUCAUGGAUGGCUCUGAAAGAGCCCAUUGGCAUAUGGGGUGAAAACACUUUCACUUGCCUAGGGUUAUUGGAGCAUUUGAAUGUUACAAAAGACCAGUCUGAUUACCUGUGGCGUAAGACAAGAAUAAGCGUAUCUGAGGAUGAUAUCUCGUUCUGGAAGAACAAUGGAGCUGACCCAACAGUGUCAAUAGAUAGCAUGAGGGAUGUAUUGCGUGUGUUUGUUAACAAACAACUCUCAGGCAGUGUUGUUGGUCACUGGGUGAAGGCAGAGCAGCCUGUACAAUUUGUGCAGGGAAACAAUGAUUUAUAUCUCUUGACUCAAACUGUUGGUUUACAGAAUUACGGUGCUUUCUUGGAGAAGGAUGGAGCCGGUUUUAGAGGCAAAGCGAAGCUUACUGGAUUCAAGAAUGGAGAUGUGGACCUGUCAAAAUCUUCAUGGACCUAUCAGGUGGGAUUGAAAGGUGAGGCUGACAAAAUAUUUACGGUUGAACACAAUGAAAAAGCAGAGUGGAGUACCUUGGAGAGCGAUGCUUCACCUUCCAUCUUUAUGUGGUACAAGACAUACUUUGACACACCAGACGGAACAGAUCCUGUUGUUCUUGAUCUUGAAAGUAUGGGAAAGGGACAAGCUUGGGUCAAUGGACACCAUAUUGGAAGGUACUGGAGUAUCCUUUCGCAAAAGGAUGGAUGUGACAAAACCUGUGAUUAUCGUGGAGCUUACAAUUCUGAUAAAUGCACAACAAACUGUGGAAAGCCUACACAAACCAGGUACCAUGUACCACGUUCGUGGUUAAAGCCAUCAAGUAAUCUACUAGUGCUCUUUGAAGAGACCGGUGGAAACCCGUUCAAGAUAUCAGCUAAGACAGUUACUGCAGGGAUUCUGUGCGGUCAAGUCUCGGAAUCGCAUUAUCCACCUCUGCGGAAAUGGUCCACACCAAGUUUCAUGAACGGGACGAUAUCGAUGAAUAGUAUGGCUCCAGAAAUGCAUCUGCGUUGUGAAGAAGGGAAUGUAAUAUCUUCCAUCGAAUUUGCUAGCUAUGGAACUCCAAGAGGUAGCUGCGAGAAGUUUUCUACCGGGAAAUGCCAUGCAUCCACAUCGUUAUCAAUCGUCUCUGAGGCUUGUCAAGGACGCAACAGCUGCUUCAUCGAAGUGUCGAAUACGGCAUUUCGCAGUGACCCAUGUAGCGGUAUUUUAAAGACAUUAGCGGUUAUGGCGCGAUGUUCGCCAUCUCAGGACACGAGUUACCUUGGUUUUUAG